AUGCGCCGUCGUGGUGCUUCCAGCAGACAUCGUCGCUGCCAUUGCAGAGAUCUCGGAGCUCAAGUGGUGAGCAACGCAGUGUUCAUACACUUCGCGCGUCCCCGACCCACCCCAAUGCAUUUAUGCAACCAGAGGACAACGCCUGUAUAUUCUCGCGCUGCUAUAGUAUUUAUCUCCACCGAAAACAAUCCAAUUACAUCAACUCCCAGCAGAGUGAACAGUCCGUCCCAUGAAAGAGCCCCAACAGAAGUCACUCCGUCUUCACGUAACAACUCAAGCUGUCAAGCUGAAGAAAUUCAUCGAAGCUCGUCCAAACAUGGAGUGGUGCAUUCGGGCACGUCUAAUCAACAUCUCAAAAGAUAUAGAAUGUUCAAAUUGAUAUCUCGACGGGUUCUCUUAAAUGCUUUGAUUAAGCUGUUUUUUCUCUCACAAUAA